GCCCGGGCGCUAGGGAAGCGCUCCCCGCGGGCAGCCGGGGCCGCGGCCGAGGCCGCGCCGACCUCCCCUGCGCCGCCAUGGACUCCGGCAGCGAGACCCACGAGCUGAACGGGCGGGCGGACGGCGAGGAGCCGGUGGUGCUCGAGCGGCACACAACAUCCAGGUGGUUUCAGAGGAGCAGCCCUAUGAACAUCAACCACUAUGCAAACAAGAAGAGUGCUGCCGAGAGCAUGCUGGAUAUUGCCCUGCUGAUGGCCAAUGCGUCCCAGCUGAAAGCUGUGAUGGAGCAAGGACCUUCCUUUUCCUUCUACAUCCCACUUAUUGUGCUUAUCAGCCUGUCCCUCACACUGCAAAUUAUGGUGGGAGUGCUCCUGAUAUUCCUUGUAAGGUAUGACCUCAACAACCCUGCAAAGCAUGGGAAGCUGGAUUUCCUCAACAACCUUGCAACUGGGCUGGUAUUCAUUAUAGUAGUUGUGAAUAUUUUUAUCACUGCCUUUGGAGUGCAGAAGCCAGUUGCUGAGUCAGCCUCCAGUCAGUAAGCACCAGAGACCUGAAGCAUUCCUUCUAGAUGCCAUUUGCACUGGAGCCAGUUGUGAUUGGACACAGCAAGGAGAAAAAUAAUCUGAGGAAGCUGGACAUACUGAGCAAAACUCAAGUUUCCAACAACCAGCACGUCUGUGUGCCUAAGCUUUUUCUGGGUGUUAGUAUUUGAGCUGUUUGGCACCUAAGGAAGGGUUGGGUUUGUCUCAAGGACACUGCCUUUUCUGGAAUAUUGGCAUUUCAGUUUCUGUAGGAACUAGUCAUUUUCCAGAGAAGUGGCAUAUGCUCCUCAAAGUAUUAUCAACUGGUGGCACUUGACAGGGCUUCCCAUUUCCCAGGCCUUUUGGCUUUGUGGCCACUUGCCAUUUCCACGGUGGUAAGAAAGGUCAGGCCUCUGUUCUGGCUGGGGCACCAUGUCCUCUGUUUCAUUUGCUUGGCACCAGAGCUCUGUGCCCCAUGGCACAGCAGUGCUCUUCCUUUCCAGCGUACAAGCAGCUGUGCCUUGGGUUCCGCUUUGUUCCCCUCCGGCUAAAGCCAAGGCGAGACAGAGAAUCAGCGGCCUGCCUGUUGUGCAGUGGCGCGCACAGCACUCAUGGGUCCUGUUCCUUUGUCUCUGGACCACACCUAGCAUCUCCUCUCCUUUGCACACAAACAACCCAGCUGCUAAGAGUUCUCAGAACUGCUGUGCCUUGUGUUCUGUGCAUUAUGGAUGCCUGGAAACCCUGUCAGAAGCACCACCUGUUGUAGGUCCA